AUGGUGCUGGUGGCCCAUGCGGUGCAUUCCCAGGCCUCAGUGGAGGGAGGAUGGGGAGGAGGGUGGACCAGCGAGGAGCUGGAAGCCACCCUGGAGCAGGGCAAGGCUUUGUUCUCUGUGUGUGUGCGCUCGUGUGAGCCCAUCAGCGAGUGGAAAUCAGUGCUAGCGAAAGCCUUGGAUGGGAGGAGAUACAUAGCCAUACUUGCUGUUUCUGUGCCUGAUCCCAGCCCGAAAACCAGUGUGGUGCAAAGCAGAGCACAGCACAAAGAGACCGAGGCUUUAAUCCCAAUAACCUCUGCGAAACAAAGCUCAUGCCUCUGCCCGGCGAGUGCGGCCCGCCGGGCUCCGCGGCCGUGCCCCGCACCCGGGGCUAUUCCAGGGUCGGGCGGCGCAGCGGGGCCGGGCACUGCCUCCGGCCCUUCCCGAGAGCUGCUCUCUGAGGAGGCGGCCGGCUCGGACACAAAGCCAGGAUCUUCCCACCCCACUCGGGCUCUCCCUCCGUGCCCCCAGCCCGGCAGCCGCUGCAGCGGCUGUGCCAGCGCUGGGACCACCGGCCGGGCUGCCCCUCUUUCCCUGUUGCACUACUGUCACGGUCGCAGCGAGCAGUGCAAUAAUGAAAGGGCGUCAGUGCGCCGGGGAGCGGCGAGAGCCGGGGACGAGCCGGUGACAGCGCGCGGGGACGGGACGUCCCGCCGCCCCCCGAGAGCCACCUUAACGGGGCGGGGGGCGGGGGGGAUACACACGACACUGACGGACGGACUUUGGUUGUGCAAUUUUCUUUGUUUAAACACGCAGCGGCGGAGAGCGUGCGCGCAGGGGCAGGGCAAGGUGAGCGGCUCCGCGCACCGCUUGCCCCGGGCCCGCCGCCGCUCGCCGCCCCCCGCGGGCGCGGAGCCUGGGGCAGCCCCUCUGCUGUACCCGGCCAACACCAAAUAAAUAAAG